AUGACUUUAUCCCUCGAAAUAGUACGUUCUUUAGAAACAGGAAUCUUUUUUCCUGCAAACUUGAUUGGCAAUCUCUUGGUUAUCGUGGUGAUCAAACGUACUAAAAAAAACUUGCGAACUCCAGUGAAUUAUUUAUUAGGAAACCUGGCUGUGGCAGACAUAACAGUGGCUAUUUUUAUGGUUGUGGACCAAGUUUUCUUUCACGUGGCCCAUCAUCCCAGAGGCUUGGCAGGUGAUUACCUGUGUAAGCUCUUGACUGGAAAGACCCUCUCCUGGGUAGGGUCCGUGGCAUCCGUAUGCACGCUUCUAGCAUUAGCUUUCGAGAGGUUCUACGCAAUUGUCUUGCCUCAUCACAGCAGAGAUAGAGUUACAAAGAGAAGGGUUGGCGUCCUUGUUGCAUCGCGCUGGCUAUUUGCCUUUCUUUUCAACGCGCCUUUAUUUGUUGUUCGCAAAUUUAAUGACGAACAAGUUGAGACUGGGUUCUUUUGCGCAAGUUACUGGCCUGACAAUCGCCUAGGACUUGGUUAUAACUACCUAUGGUUGAUGUUUGUGGGUGUAAUCCCUGUUGGUAUUAUGGUGUUAUUUUAUGGUAGAAUCGUGCACAACCUAUGGUACAGCGAGAGACAAGUCGUACAGGGAGCACAACUGGCUCGUCUGAAUUCCAGAAAGCGAGUAACAAAAAUACUAGUCACUCUGAACGUUGUUUAUGCAUUUUGCUGGUUUCCCAAUUUGUUGUUAAAUAUCCUUAAUUAUUACAUUGCUAACCCCGCUCUUCAUUCGAUUGGUUAUCUUGUGACGGAGUUGCUGGUGUUGUUGAACUCCAGCAUAAAUCCGUUCGUGUAUGCUUUACAAAGUAAGCAGUUCCGAAUAGCCGUCAAGCACAUAGUUCGUUGCAGAACGAGCGCGGAAGUAAGACCGCUAGGUAAGGUCGAUACCCGGGCUGUUGAUAGCUUAACAAGGACUGUUAAAAUGCCACAGUAAUACGAAUA